UAACCAACGGGUGGUUUGCUAGCGAACAUAACUGAGAAACAUUGGAGCUCUUUAGACCAAUCUUGUGUAUAUUACUCUUAGUGUUUUGAAUAUAAUUCUGUUUACCUUUCUACUAGUUCAUUUAAACGUAAUUUGCUUGUUAAAUUAGCAAAUGUGGUAAAUUGAUAAUGUACUAGGCUAAUCGACCGGAGCAUGAGCUCACUAAGCUCGACGGAGAAAGAGACUCUGGUGAAAGGAGUGGAAGAAGCUUUCAGCAUGAAUAGGGAGGAAGAGGAGUCUAUCACAUUGAAAGAAGAAGAGGAUGAUAUUACAGUGAAAGGGGAAGAGGAGGAGGUAGAAGCUUUCAGAAUCAAAAAGGAGGAAGAUGCCAUAACAUUGAAAGAAGAGAAUGUAGUGAAAGAAGAGGAAGAACCUUUUAGAGCAAAAGAGGAAGAGGAGGCUAUCUCAAUAAAAGAGGAGGAAGACGUUUUGGGAGUGAAAAAGGAGGCUGAAGAUCAGAUUACUACCAGAGAGAGACGUGACUAUCGUGGAUCCUUUGGGGAGCCUCAACAACAUCCUGAUGCUGACGAGGCAGGGAAGAGUCUUCCAGACCUCAGAAGCAUCAGAUGGACAACGCUAGCACUUCUCUCUGAGUCCCUUGUCGUGCUCUCCCGGUAG